AUGCUGCUUGCCACCGCUUUUUGCAUGGGCAUCAGGUUGGCUUCAUCAACGAGACCUGCGCAGCAGGAUGUUCUGCUUGCACGUCCAGGUACGGAGGAGACACUACACCGCUGGCCUGACUCGCGCAUUCUGCCGAGCUCGUGUGAAGACAACGGUGUGAUCGCACUCGCGCCCGGGGUCACCUAUCACACGAAGGUGGGUCUCCACCCUAUCCAGGCACACUGCCACACAUUGCAGGGAGCACUCGGGGCUCAAAUCCUUUGCUUUGGGGGCAUUGAUUUCGAGAACAAGAACGUGACGCUCCGCGGGCCCCUCCUUGUGGCGAUGGCCCCGGGAGUUCCGAACCUCCAAAACGCCUCGGCGAUUCAGAGCGCCGGGGAUCUACGAGCGGUGGCGCCCGAGGGUAGCGUGAUGCACUUCAAGCACAUUUCCAGUACAAGCCCCGGGGCGGCGUUGCAUGCAAAUCACAACAUUUGGUUAGAAGGAUUGGGAACCAUGAUGUUCGAGAAUGUGGCCAGCGAACAGUAUGGUGGUGCAGUGGGCACAUUUCAUUUCGGCGUCGUUGUCACAGUGGCUAACAUAGCUUUCCUAAACUGUUCCGCACGCUUCUCAGGCGGUGCCAUUUGUGCUGGUUCUUCCGUUCACCUGGACAGCAGAAGCAGAAACGACACCAUUCGGUUUGAGAGCUGCAAGGCCGGGUGGCGUGGGGGGGCAGUAGCAAGCUGGGGUGAGACAAAGCUUACUGGUGCAGGUUCCUAUUUUUUUGAGCAAUGUCACGCAGUAUUUGAGGGUGGCGCACUAGCGGCGGCUAAGUCGGAUAUCAUGAUCGCGCUCGAGGCGCGAGGCUCCGUGGAUUUCAGAGAGUGUACCACCAAUGGUCAACAUGGCGAAAACUUGCUCGGUGGAGGAGCUGCAAGUGCGAUCCGGGAGGUCCAUCUCAGCAGCGGCCGCGUCCGCUUCUCCGGAUGUUUGUCAGACAGUCAGCGCGGCAACGCCGUGAUGGUGGCAAAUGGCAUCCUCCGCAUUGAUGAGGAAGCUCGCGUUUUGCUUGCUGGCAUGAAUGCAUCGAAUGGCCCGGCCUUUUUUGCACGAAUUGGGAUCAUUCCUCCUGCUGGUGACGUGCUCCCGUCAGAUGUGUUCUACAUGAAGAAUUUGCUAGCAUCCCGUGCCAUGCACCAGCACGAUGACAAGAUCUGUCCUCCUGGAUCCAGAUUCUUGAUGCGCGCAGAUGGCAGCCCUGAACUCGGCAAGUGCGUCCUGUGCCCGAUUUCCACCAUAUCCCUGGCUCCGUCAUACGUGAAGGUUGACGGUGAGGUCACCGCCCCAGCAGCUGGAAUGCGAGUCGUACUCGUGCAUCGGUCGUCCCCCAACUCGUUGAGUUCGCUUGGCAUCCCACUCAUCAGCAAUGUCACGGAGCGAGAGGAUUCCGUCUGUGCGAAGGCGCCGGGAUGCUUGCAACUCGGUUUUGCAGCCGGGGAGUGGGACGCUUGGUGGGAGUGCGCACCCUUGGUACUCGCCCGUCACGACGCGCUGUUAAUUUCCUAUCGCAAUAGGCAGAUGCAUACAGCCGGUGGAGGGAAGCUAGCAGUUCCAUGGGAACUCUAUCAGGUGGGCACACCAAUCACCGUCGUGGAGGCGGGGCAGACGGUCGCCUGGACGAAAGGUGACUCGCAGAUUUUUGAGAUUAAGCAAGGCGUCCUCACCCCGUCUCAUGCGCCUCUCUUGACCAUGGGUCUAGCCCACGACGUCAGCUACAUCUUCGAGCCCCGUGACCCGAACAGCGCAUGCCAGGCUUGCAGCCUGCUUCCCACGCAGCUCGCGGACAAGCUCCGGUGCCCGGGGGGUGGGCAUGUCCAGUCCCUUCCAGGCUACAUGUUUUUACAUAAGGCAGGCGAGCGGACGCUGCAGGUCCACAAGUGCCCCAACAAAGUGGCAUGUCCAGGCAGCAAAUUGGCACUCAGGGCGAACGGCCAGCCUUCCUCCCGCAGCCGAUUUUGUGCAGAAGGGUAUGAGCCCAUGGCCGGCUGCGUGCGCUGCACACACGGCUACGGCCGGCCGCAGCUGGACCCUUUCACAUGCCAGGCUUGCGGGAACCGCUCCUUGGUGCAGAAGGUGAUCAUGGCAGCACUACCCAGCGGCAUUUUCUAUGCCCUCGCAAUCCGAUCUGCCAGACCUCGGAGUCGCACGCAGCACAUCUUCAAGGUUUUUCUGGCUUUCCUGACCAUCUCAUGCCGGAGCCUCUCCGCCCUGCCGCACUCUUCGCACUUCCAGCGCCUCAGGAGCGAUGUGGCGGCCGGUGCGCAGACGUUCGUCAGGUGCCUGUUUGCGGUGGAUGUCGUGGCCACUGCCGAGCCCGGGGCUGGCGUGUUUUCCAUGGACUGCUGGGGGAUUGGCGAUGGCCCCAUGGACAUGCUUACAGGCCUAGGUUUCACGUGGGCCAUCCCAUUACUCUUCCUGCUGCUUUCAUUGUGCUUCCUAGGGGCGCAAGCUUGGCUGAAGUGUGUGGUGGUCUGGGGCAACGUCUUCAUUCCACCGCUCCUUGGGGCGACUGCUAAGCUUCUGCCCUGUUAUGGCACACAAGAAGGCGGCCAACGCAUCCUCAUGUACGAGGCCGCCGUCAGCACCUCGUGUGCCUCCACUUUAGGUGAUGCAGUGGGACUGCCGCGGUUCUGGCUGGCGGUCGGAACAACCGCCGUGCUUACCCUGCUUGGCCCCGUCUUGUGGCUUUGCCUCGCAGCAUCCGACCCCGCGAAGAAGCACGUGCGUGAGCGUGAGGAGACUGUUGCUUUCCUGGUGGCAGGCUACGAGCCAAAGUACCGCUGGUGGGAGGUCACCGUGUUGUUCCGGAAAUCAGCCAUCUACGUGGUUGCAACGUGGUUUCCCAUGUCCUGGGCACCGGGAGCACACCUCGUCUACCUUGCCCUUAUAGUAGCCACGGCUGAGCUCAUCCACACGACAUUUCAACCCUAUCAUAGCUCGCUGCUUGACCGUAUCGAAAGCCAAGCGCUCUGCGCCGCUUUGAUCGGCUUGCUGCUGGUUGCCUCACUAUUUGUCAAAUGGCCGUUCAUGCCGUACGCCAUCUAUAUAACCAGUUGCGGCAUGUUGUGCGUGGUCACCGCCGGUGCCUACCUCCACUUUCUGUUAGUCUACCUGCGUGCUGCGUUUGUCACGAACGACCCCCCCGAGCAGGAGGAGGCGGAGGAUGACUGCGAGGAGGACUGA